CCAUAGUAAAUUAUAUAUAUUACUUAUAUUUACUUCUUACUACUAUAAUGUGCAUAAUUUAUUUCAUUCAUUUGGUAAUAACAAUCUGACUUGUUCCGCUGAAAAAAAAUUUAAUUGGAUUGGGAAAGCGUGAUAUUUACCCUCGAAAUUGCACGAGCGAGUCCCAAUUACGUAUUACAAGUUUUUUUUUAAUGGAAUAGUGAACAUCUUUUGGUUGAAACUCUAGACAUGCAUUGCGAGGAUGAAAAAAGAAUGGAAAAAAAAAGAGGAUGGGAUCCCCAGGUUCACAUCGGCGAACAUUUCGUGGAAGUACCACCAUUCCCAAUUUCCAAACUAAAAGAAAAUAUACGAGGUUACCAAGUGUCACAGAAAGUUGUGGGCUCUAAGCCAAAAAAUAUUUUCCCACACGAAUGCAGUUUAGUGGAAUCCUAAAGGUAUCCAUGAGAUAGCACGCGGCGCUGAAACGAUGCAAGAAUCCAUUUGACACUAUAGAGUUGCUUUUGUCAAUUUCCAAGAACGUUGUCAAUUGAGGCUUUUAACAGGGGCAGUUUUGCCAAUUACGAGCUUUGCUGAACGGCAGAUGGGCUUUUAUCACCGUCGCACGACGUCGGUCUUUUCUUGAUAGCAACGAACAUUGGGGAUGAAAAGUCUCAUAGGAUUGUUGGCGGCGUCUGCCAUUAAGUCUUUCCGAGUAAAUAGAAAACGAACGCCGGAGUCUCGAUCAGAAAAAGCAAGUUUGAACAAAAGCGGGAGUCAUUCCAUCAUCCCGGAUCCUCUACUUGGGUUUAAAUAAAUUCAGGCUUCAUGAUGAAUAUUGGAACAUCUGCACAUCGAGAAGCGUUCCCUUCGACGGCGAGUACCGGAUAUCUGCAGUCGAUAGAGACCAAAACGCACGAGAUCAUCGACGGAUUAGAGUGAGGAACCAGAUAAGACGGAAAGCGGCGGGUGACGAAGAGCAGGACGCUGGAUGGCAGGGCCGUGGAACAGGUGGAAGGCGUCGACGGCUCUCUGCCUCCUCCCGCUCGGCCUGACUCUGCUCGCCCUCGGGCUCGUCGGGACCGGAGUCGUCGAUCGCUCCGUCCGGUGGAAGUCGGAGAGCGUCGCGGUGUUCGUCGUCGUCUUGGGGAGCGUCGUCGUCUCGCUGUCCGUCCUUCCCCUGCUGGCCUUCGCUUGGGAGGUCGUUCUCGUGAAAUUCUGCCUGCCGAGAACGCGAUCGUCACCCCGAGCACGACCCCCGCCGCAGCCACCGCGGCUCGCCCCGUCACGUGACCCCCUUCGAUCGAGUCCCAUCUGGACGUCCUCUCGAUCCGGACUCCGCGAUCCCGUCCGUCAGCCUCCGCCGGCUCGUCCCCCAUCGUCGCCGGGAUCCGCGAAUCCAGUCUUCGAAGAGGCGUCACCCCAUCGCCUGCUGCUGCUCCUGUCAUCGCUUCGGACGACAGCGCUCGACCUCCCACCUUCAUACGAAAUGGACCUUCCCCCGCCGUACGAAGUGGCCGUGCAAAAACCUCAAGGAGGCCUUAUGGGCUCCUCUGGGUCAGAAGUGUGUCGAAAUUCUAAGGAAAUGAUGGUGGUGUGUCGAUUUGACCCGGGAAAGGCACUAACUCCGGGAUCAAAGGGAGGGGAGGCCAGCUACAUUCCAUGCUCGGAAGAUGGCAGUGACCUCGCUCGGCAGAACGACUCACAUCUGGGGACAGAAUCUGGAUAUUCCCAGAACAACAGAACUGGAGAUGGCGACCGCGUACGAGCACCUUCCGCAGCAGGUAAAUUUAGGUUUCUUGGGGUCGGUCGGGGGGCUGGCGUUGACUGCUCCGUGCGUGGACAGGUCCGGAACGAGGAGGAGGCGAAGCAGUUUCUGGCGAGGGCGUUGCUGGCCAUCCGCGCUUCCAUGCAGCCUCCGAUGCCCGAGACACUGGCGCAGAGGCUGGCUCGAGAGGGAGAGCUGAAGGACAGGGGUCCCCCCGUGAUCUACCUGCUCCGGAAGAACCACGUGGUCAGGGACGAGAAGCACCGGGUCGCCCGCUGCGAGUACGGAAGCCGGGGGAUCGACACCGGGGUCGAGAAGGUUCUGCUCGUCGUCGGGGCCACGGGAGCAGGUAAAAGCAGCCUGAUCAACGCCAUGGCCAAUUACGUGUACGGGGUGGAAUGGGAGGAUCCCUUCCGGUUUCGCCUCGUCGACGAGGACACGGGGAGGUCGCAGGCGGAGUCCCAGACCAAGUGGAUCACGGCGUACGUCCUCCAUCGGCGGGAGGGGUCUCGGAUCCCCUACACCUUGACCAUCGUGGAUACGCCUGGGUUUGGGGAUACCGACGGGCUGCAGGCCGACGAAGAUCUCAAGGGACAGAUUCAGCAUUUCUUUUCUUCCGAGAGUGCGCUGGGCGAGGACCACCUGGACGGGGUCGGGAUGGUGGCUCAGGCCUCCUGCGCCCGCCUCACGAAGACGCAGCGGUACGUGUUCGAGUCUGUGCUCAGCGUGUUCGGGGUGGACGUGAAGGAGAGGAUCUUCGCCAUGGCCACGUUCGCCGACAACCAGACCCCGGCGGUGCUCGAGGCCAUGAAAGUCGCCGAGGUCCCGUUCUCCCAAGACUACAAGUUCAACAACUCGGCCCUCUACGCCGCUCCCGCCGAGGGGGGAGACUUUGACCGGGCCUUCUGGAAGAUGGGGGUCACGAACCUCAAGAGGUUCUUCAGGGAUCUGGGCGAGACUCAACCAGUCAGUCUCAAACUCACGAAGGAAGUCUUGAACGAGAGGCAGAAAUUGAAUGCUACCUUGCAGGGCCUUCAAGCUCAGUUCGACCUAGGCGUGGGGAAGCUGGAAGAGAUCCGGAACGAGCUGAAGGUGCUCCGUGAGCGAGAAUCGGACAUCGCCUGCAACAAAUCCUUCCAGUACGUGCUGGAGGUGCAGCGCAGCCGCAAGGUGGACCUCGUCGGGGAGCACGUGACCAACUGCCUCGUCUGCAGCUUCACCUGCCACUACCCGUGCAGGACGAGGGAGACGGAGCGGAAGCGGGAGUGCUCCGCCAUGGAUGGGGCCGGGAACUGCACGGCCUGCCCCAAACACUGCGCGUGGUCCCAGCACGCUGCCAAUACCUACCGCUUCGAGAGGUUCACCGAGGUGGAAACCCGGACCUCCCAGGCGCUUCUCGAUCGAUAUCAGAAAUCCUUAGCCGGUAAGAGCAAAUCCGAGACGUUACUCCAGCGCGCGAGAAACGACUUCAAACAGGCCCGGAAGAACGUCCGGGACACCUUGUCCCGGGUCCACGAGAUCCAGCGCAGACUGGAGACGAUCGCCCUCAGGCCGCACCUGACGGACACCACGGAGUAUCUGGAACUCCUCAUCAAGACGGAGGAGAGGGAAAAUAAGCCGGGACACAUGCAGAGGCUCAGGUAUCUCCACGCAGCUCUGAAGAGGGAGAAGCUGGGUCGACAGGUGAAGGAAGGCCAGGACCCCUUCGAGGAGUACGAGGAGCUGCUGCAGGAAGAGGAGGAGGAGGAGCGAGACGUGGAGGAGAACGUCCAGCUCUUGUUCCAGCUGUUGGAUCUGCUGUCGGGACUGCCGGAGGAGUCCACAGGCCCCAAAGAGGGCGACUACGACGUCUUCUUCGACUUUGGGGACGAGGAAAUCUGGCGGGAAUGCCUCGGUGAGCCUCGCUCGAUCGUCCGCUUCGCAGAUCCAAACAGAAGCAGGGAGAUCACGGACAGAGCGCUUCGGCAAGCAGCAUCCGAGUGAUCCACUCCUUCCCAUAUUCGAAGAAAUUUCAAUCGUUCUUAAUUCUAUUUUAUAUUAUUUGCCUAUUUUAACUUCGGCCGGUUGCAAUUAAAUUUCGCUAAUCCGUUCCCCAUUGUUUUCGGUUCGAUCGACACCGGCCACGGGCGUGUAUCCGGC